AUGGCUGAAGUGCGGAGUCCUACUCCCGUGCCGAACCUGCGGCAGUGCUAUUUGCAAGCCCAGGGGCAGCCGAAUGCACCACGGGAAGAGCCACAUGCCCGACAUGAGCCUUGCUAUCACGCACACAAGCUGAAGCAGCAGAUGCUGGCCAAGCAGGCGAUAUCGGCUUAUCCCAUGGAACCCUUCCGCAAGGUGAAAGGUCAGUGGGUCGACUACUGGAGUGAGUUCCACAGGUGUUGGAUUCCCGCUUCCAUCCUGGACGUUGACCCCGAGUCUGGCGGAAUAAUCCUAGAUGUGAAGCCUGGUACUGCAUUGCGUCUGCAUGACCAGUGGAAAAUCCGUCCACGGCGCAUGCCAACACCGGAGCAGGUUUCAGCAGUGCACAGCAUGUUGGCCAAUGUGGAGCUGGAGAUGCAAGCCGAAAGGUUUUUCUCCGAGAUUGGACGGACAAAGACGGAAAGCAUCCAGAGCCCCGACGAAGUCACGGUGCUUGGGGAGAAGGUGGACAGCUUCGUGGGGCUCCUUGGUGGCCAGGUCCACCUGAAGGUGAAGAUGCAAGCCCAGGGAGGCACCUUGUCGUUUGACGACUUUCGCAUGAUCUUUUCCGACAUUGCGCAUUUGCAACAAGACAUGUCCGUGCAGGCUUUGCAGAAGGAUGUGGCUGAAACAGCUAUCCCUGGCACCCCGGACUCGCGGUAUCAAAUCUGUGAAACCUUGGGCAAGGGCACCUAUGGUGAAGUUGUCAAGGCCAAGGACAAGCAGACCAGGCAGACACGUGCCAUCAAGAUCAUCAACAAGGACAAGGUGCACGGAGAUAUGGCCUUCCUAAAGCAAGAGAUUCAGAAUCUCAUCCAGCUGGACCAUCCCCAUGUCCUGAAGCUUCUGGAGUUUUACAACAGCGAGGAUCGCAUCUUCUUGGUGACAGACCAUUGCUCACGUGGGGAGCUGCAUAAGCACAUCUGCGAUGCCAAAGGCUCGCGAAAGCCCAUCCCGCAGGUGUGGAUUGCCCAUGUCAUGCAACAGCUUCUUUCUGCCGUGACCCACAUCCACGCAAACGGCAUCAUCCACUUGGACAUCAAGUCCCAGAACAUCAUGCUCAUGCCAGCAUUGGAGACCAAGAUGCGAUUUGUUCAAGCAGAACCCAACGAGGCGGUCUGCUCCAUUGACAUCUUUAAAGAGCUUCCUCACAUCAUCGUGAUCGAUUUGGGCGUGGCCACCCUUUUCCAGCCGGGCAACUUCAAGCGGGGAAAUCCCAUGGGCACUCCUUCAACAAUGGCGCCGGAAGUUUGGCGAGGGGAGAUUACGCCAAAGGCUGAUGUGUUCAGCUGUGGCUGCGUUCUUUUUGAGCUUUUCAGCUUCCAGACCCCUUGGGAUUUCAAGUAUCGGGGCAACAAGCAGGAGGCCCGAAACUUCUGGGAGGCGAGGCCUAGGCCUCAUUGGGAGCGUGUGCAGCACGCACCACCAGAUGCUCAAAGCCUCAUGUCCUUGAUGCUGGAGCAGGAGAGACCCAGGCGCAUGAGCGCUGCUGAGGGCCUCAAGGAACCGUUUGUGAAUCGUGCUUCGGAUGGCAUCCCUGUGACACAGAUGGAGAAGGGCCUCAAGCUGAUCAACCGCCUUGUGACAACCUGCGAGCGAGACGCAUUCUACAAGCUGAUCUGCCUGAAGAUAGCCCAGGACUGGCCUCCCAACGAAAUGCCGUCCUUCAAGAGCGUCUUCAAAGAGUUCGACGAUGAAGGAACGGGCUUGCUUCAGGAGUCAGUCCUGGUCCGCAAGUUUGUGAACUGUGGCUAUGAGGAGCAACAAGCCAAACGUGCGGCGACCGCCAUGAACCUCAGUCAGAACAAGAAUGCAGUGGACUGGACGGAGUUUGUGGCUGCUUGCAUUGAUUUGGGCAAUCCCAAGCUGGAGCCCUCCAUCCACCUGAUCUUCCACAAUGCCGACCGGGAUCACGAUGGGCUUCUCUCCAUGGAAGACGUGCAGUCACUCUUGCCAGAGGCACAUCGAAAUGCCAAGGAGGCAGCUCAAGCGAUCUUCAUCCAAAUCACAGGCAGAGCGUCAGAAACGGGUGGAGAGCGUAUGGACUGGCAUUCGUUCGUGAGCUACCUGCGCAGGCAAGCUCGAGCUGGAAUGCCGGAGGAGCCGGUUAUUGAAGUGAUGCCGGAGCCCGAGAACUCCGUGGAUGUGAAGGUCCAGAACCAGGACAUCCUUCGCAACGUGACGGAUGCCAUCAGGGCCACGGCUGCUGAAGCCAUCAGUACCUUGAGCAGCGUCGGCCAGAACUGGUUUGGUGGCAAAGCAGACUUCAACUUCGAUGGGCGAGGCUAUGCUGCUCAAGGCUCGCAGGAUGACCAAGUACUGCGGCAUCUCCUAGAGAUGGGCUACGAGGAGCAUGCCGUCAACGCGAAAGUCUUGAAGUGGUGCAGGCAGCAAAGCUGCACAGCAAUUCAGCUUGACGACCGCCUCUACGCAGAGCUUGACAGGCAGUAUGCGCAUCUUCGUGCGAGGCGUGCUGCAUCCCCGCGCCGAGUGCUGCAGGCACAAGCAGUGCCAGCCUGA